AUGUCUGCCCUCCGCAGCGGCCGGACUGCCAGCCUGCAGGUCCGUGGCUUCGCAACUUCGCCGAACCUUCGAGUCGGACCCGAGUCUCCUCACUUCAUCGAUAUUCCGCGAAUCGUUCAGGCCAGCAAUCCCGCCAAACCACGCGUUAAGGGUACCCUCCCGGUUCCUCGCGAGCUCUUCCCGGCUCGUCGUGCGGACAAGCCUCGCAAAGCAUACCUCGAUGCCGUGACCCCUGCCCCUUCGACCGAGCGCACCGUCAACCCGAAGAGCAGUGACCCCGAAAAGCAGGCUUUUAAGCUCAAGAUGGCGGUUUUGCGACGCAAGAACCUCCGGGAAGGUCUCCAGACGUUGUAUAAGCGGAAGCAAGUGGCAGUUGAAACCAUGUUCAAUCGAAGUUUCGAGAGCCAGAGCCGACGCGAGCGUAUUCUCCAACAACCGGAAGCCGAGGAUGAGCGCUUGACCCGGCCAUCAGUUGUUCAGGCCAUGCAGCCUCAGCCACACACAACCCUGGCGGACCCGAACCGGGAACAGCGACUUGCCCUUUCCCGGGCUCGGAUGGAGGCCAAGCGGGCCGAGAAGGAUGCCGAGCGCCGUGAUCACUUACAGUCUCUGUAUAUGAACGCUCGCACUUUCAUUACCACGGAGGAGCAACUCACCGCUGAGAUCGACCGCGUGUUCCCCGAAGGCGAGAACGAGGCAUGGCGCAACGACCACCAGCAGGGUGAUAACAUCUGGAAUUUGGGCGUGCCACCAACGGUGCAGUCCGUCGUCAAUGAGACUAGGAAGAGUGAGACCGCUCGCUGGGAUGUUACCCAGGACCGAGUCAAGAAGCUGGGCGAGCAGAUCACCGGCGGCAAGCUGUGA